AUGAGCGGUCAAUAUUUUGUGACAUAUGUCGAGGAUUUGGAACAGGAUCCAUUCGAUGCCACCGAUUUCGUCGAACGAGUAGUAUGGAGGAUUACACAGGGUGCGGAUACAAUCAGUGACCCACUGCACCUCAAAGAAAAGCUUGAAGAAGAGAUCGCCAGCUUGCAAAUGUUGUGUGAUCAAUUUUCGGGUAAAAUCAACGUCCUCGAGCAGCAAUUGGACGUGGACAAACGAGAUUAUUGCAAUCGACUACAACAAUUGCAUGAACUAAACUCCGAUGCGAUCGAAAAAGUCAAGCAAUUGGACCAAACAAUGCAAAACGUGUCGACAGCAGUGGUUCAUCUUGGUGAUCAACUGGAAAGUGUUGAUGGGCCAAGAACUAGAGCUUCUGAGGCCCUUGCCUUGAUAACGCAUUUUGAUCAAUUUUUGUCGGAUCAACCUCUCAGCUCUGCAAUAUUCACAGAUCCGGACAAGCUGCUCGAAUCAGCCGAUUUGAUUCAAAAGCUCUACUCGAUAUCGCAAGAAUUGUCGAAAGAAAAAUAUGCAUAUGUUCAAGCGAGAAUUGCGCACAGAUACGAGGAAAUUGAGCGUUUGUUGAUUGACGAAUUUGUGCGAUCGCAACGAGAUGAGAAGAAAAUGGCGGAAGUGGCAAAAAUAUUGGCUGAGUUUAAGGGCUACGGUUCGUGCGUUGAUCGUUACGUCGAAUUUCUUCAUGCCACCUCGUUCCACCGAGAUAGAGGCGAUGUUUUUGCGGAAGCAUUGCAUCUUUGCAGAAAUGCUAAACCGAAGAUCGAGGCGAUCUUUCCGAAUCCGAUGGCCGUCAUACAGAAACUUGUUACCAGCAUAUUCAAUGGAAAGCUGAAGGAGACAGUUUACGCUACAUUGAGGGAUCAUCGAGAAGUUGGAGAUCAAGAAGGGUAUUUGAUUUCGCUGGCCGAAAUGUAUACAAGUACAAAGAAACUAUGUACUGAAUUGGAAGUUUUACAUCGAUAUCUCAACUCAUAUCCAAAGGAUGAAUUGGAUUAUCUGAAUGCUCAAUCUUCUAUCAUUUUGGCGCGAUUUUACGAGUCAAAGAAGCAUCAAAAACGCGCAAUAACGAGUGGAGGUUUGCAAGAACUUCGGCGAGAUGUGACGAUUCGCUUCUUAUCGGCUGACGACUUUGGCGGGGAAACGUUUUUAGCCGAAGAUGUGGCAAUUUCGAUUCUACAAGAGACGAAAAACGCCUUCAAUAGGACACAAUUGUUUUGCAAUAAAAUGGAUGUAUCAAGGCAAGCCGAAAAAGUUUUGGACGUGCUGCUCGCAAAAUUGGUCACUGAGCAUCUUGAUUACGCCGUGGAGCUUGCACUAGCUGGCAUAACAUUAUCCGAGCCAAAGACUGAGCCACCAGCCUAUUUCUUCACAUUUGUUCCACAAAACACGGCAAUUGUCUUAUUGUGUGCGAAACAGUUCGAAGAUAGCAUCUGGCCUUUAAUCAAGAAUACUUCUGUUGAACAAACUUGCUCCAAGAAAUGGACUUCCUCAUUACGAGGAUUGGAAAAUAAAAUCAAUACGGGGAUGGACCGACACUUGAAUGCCAUACAAGGAUACACAAAAUUCGUUCUUACUUCGACGCAGAAGAAACCAGGCUUGCCAGACCAUUUUGCGUUUCCUGAAAACGCAAACCUCGGCAAUGGAGAGGGAUGUGAUGGCGCCAAUUUGAAAGUUGUACAAGUUGAACUAGCCCAAAGACUCUACAAGACGAUUCUUGCUCACAUCCAAAACUUCACCUACAAUUCAGCGGGAGCCAUGUUGCUACUGUGUGAUCUCAACGAGUACAAAAAAUGUAUAUCUUCCUGGAGAUGUGGUCGAGAUGCAUCAGCUCCCUUCGAUAAACUCCACUCAUUGGCAAAUCUCUUAAUGGUUUUACCCGAUAAUUUGAGCGAAGCUGCUCGUAGUCCUACUUUGGCGGAUGUCGAUAGAUCUCUGAUCUCAAGCUUUAUCCAACUACGAGACGACUUCAAAAAGAACAAAAACAUGAGUCUCCUAAUAUUC